AGAUUAAUUCAUAAGAUAAAUUUUCCAUCACUUUCCGGCAAAAUCCACUUUCCCCGAGAAAAAUAAAACCUAAUAAAACACAUAGAUGCGUGGAAAUUGAAAUUGAACCAAACGAUAAUCGAAAGAAGAUGCACAGUAACAACAACUCAGAAGGUAGCAGAAAUAACAACAACAACACCACCACCACCAUGAGCAUUCUAUCUUCUCGAACAAGCUCACGUUCCGUAACAGAAACCGUAAACGGUUCACACAAGUUCGUGAUUAAGGGAUACUCACUCGCAAAGGGAAUGGGAGUUGGAAAACACAUAGCAAGCGAGACUUUCACCGUCGGCGGUUACCAAUGGGCAAUUUACUUUUACCCCGACGGUAAAAAUCCCGAAGACAACUCUGCUUAUGUUUCCGUUUUCAUUGCUCUUGCUUCUGAAGGUACCGAUGUCCGUGCUCUUUUUGAACUGACUUUGCUUGAUCAAAGUCCUAAUGGGAAACAUAAGGUUCAUAGUCACUUUGAUCGAUCUCUUGAAAGUGGUCCUUAUACUCUCAAGUAUAGAGGCAGCAUGUGGGGGUAUAAGCGGUUUUUCAAACGUGCUCAACUUGAGGCUUCGUCCUUCCUUAAGGACGACUGCUUGAAGAUAAACUGCACUGUUGGUGUUGUUGUGUCGUCCAUAGAUUGUUCUAAAUUGAACACCAUACAUGUUCCUGAAUCUGAUAUUGGAUCGCAUUUUGGCAUGCUGUUAGAGAAUGAGGAAGGAUCUGAUAUUAUUUUCUCUGUUGGUGGAGAAAGAUUUCAUGCACACAAGCUUGUUCUGGCUGCUCGGUCAACUGCAUUUGAAAAUGAGUUUUUCAAUAAGAUGGAGGAAGAUGACUGUGAUGUAGUUGUUACCGACAUGGAACCUAAGGUUUUCAAGGCUUUGCUUCACUUUAUUUAUAGAGACGCUCUUAUAGAAGAUGAAGAGCUCUUUAUGUCACGUUCAUCGUUCUUGCCUUCAAUAUCUGAAACAUUUGCCGCAAAAUUAUUAGCUGCUGCAGAAAAGUAUGAUUUGCCAAGACUUAAGCUGAUGUGUGAGUCUGUACUUUGCAAAGAUAUAUCUAUAGAUUCUGUUGCCUAUAUUCUGGCGCUUGCUGAUCGCUAUAAUGCUGCGGAGUUGAAGUCCAUCUGUCUACAAUUUUCUGCUGAAAACCUUGUUGCUGUGAUGCAGUCUGAUGGCUUUGAGUAUCUAAAGGAAAACUGUCCAUUGCUGCAAUCAGAACUGCUUAAGACAGUUGCAGGAUGCGAAGAGGAAUUUAGUGGAGAAGGAAAAUGCCGAAGUGUGUGGGCCCAAUUUUCCGAUGGUGUUGAGGAUAAUGACAGGAGUGUAAGACAGCAAACAUGGGAAAACGGAGUUGAAAGAGGUCAGAACUUAUGGGUUAACCUUUCUGAUGGCGUUAACAAUGAUAGGAGUCCAGGGCAAGAAGCUUGACAAAGUAAGGUCCCAUUCCUUGUUAGUUAGGCUCAAGUAUAGAUUAAACUCCAUUGCAGGGACAACAAUAACCCCCAGUUUGGAUAGCGAAGGAGGGAGGAAUGCAAAACAAUGUAAAGCAAGGCGGCUGAGAUACAGCCACCAUUGUAACAAGACCGUUAUUGUUUUUCUUUGAUUUAUUGGUUAUAAUAUGAUUACAAGGAUGGAGUGGUAACAAUAAGUAAUGACAUUGAUCAUUUUAUGGAAGCUUGUCUGUUACAUUAUCAUGAAGAACUGGUCUUGCUUUGCUUGACGGUUGCAUUUCAUAAAGAAAAUUUGUUUUUAGACUGUAGACAUUUAUUGAGCCGUGCAGUUUUAUAUGAAACUAGUCCAGUUUCUUCCAAGCCCCGCUUCAAUUCAGACUUGAUGAGAUCCAUAAACCGUUGGAUGCAGGGAUCCAUUGGGACAACUUGAUGGGUUUGUGGUACCCUACCAGCUUGCAGUUCUUCCCUUAGCAUUUUCCUUUUAUUUCUGUUAACAUUGUAUCUGUUUUCAUUUCUAUUUUCUUUUUGGAGGGGCGAGUGGAUGGUCUAUACUGAACCAAAAGGCAGUAUGGGAAAAGCCAGGAAAGGUAGCCCGUUCAUUUUGUAACGUUAGUCAUGUAUCUCUUAAUCAUUUUCUAGCUUGGUGAUUUAAAGAUGUGAUAUUGUGCAAUAUUUGUGGAUGUAAAAAUUUAGGAUAAUGCAUUGCUAUAUUGUCUUCUAAUACAUGUUCCUGUAUCGAGGGCUUGAAUUUUACUGUGAUGUUGAUGUAAUACUGUGUUAUGGUACUGUAGGUUGAACUAUGCUGUCUAUAGAUAAAGCCUGUGUUGAAUUUGGAAUUUA